GUGUGUGUAUGGAAUCAGAUUCUUGUCUGUCUAAAUCUUAGUAUCAGGGGACGGAUGCCAGAUUAAUUUUUUUUUGGUUGCUUUUGGGCUGAUUUUUAAGAAAGAAUGACACGCUGCUCAUUUGGCCAGUCCCUCGCGCUCUGUGCACAGAGCUGGCACUGAGUCGGGAAGUCCCUUGUUCCUGGGUGGCCUUUAACCCUUCUGUGUCUCUUGCAUAACUGCUGCCGUUAUUGUGGGAAGGACCCCUGUGUGUGCCUUCCAGCCCCGGGAGUCUAACGUUUUCAACUAACUCUGACUAAGGUUGUCGGACCAUGCUUGCCUCUUUGCCCGGGUUUUCGAGGUUUUUUCACCAUGAGUCGGAGGAGGAUAUCGUGUAAAGAUCUGGGCCACGCUGACUGCCAGGGUUGGCUGUAUAAGAAAAAGGAAAAGGGAACUUUCCUAAGCAACAAAUGGAAAAAGUUCUGGGUGGUGCUGAAGGGGUCUUCGCUCUACUGGUAUAGCAAUCAAAUGGCCGAGAAAGCGGAUGGAUUUGUCAACUUGCCAGAUUUCACCGUGGAAAGAGCUUCUGAAUGCAAGAAAAAACAUGCAUUUAAGAUCAAUCAUCCACAGAUCAAAACCUUCUACUUUGCAGCAGAGAAUUCGCAGGAAAUGAAUGUGUGGUUAAACAAACUUGGAUUUGCUGUAAUCCAUCAAGAAUCCACUACAAAGAAUGAAGAAUGUUACAGUGAGAGUGAGCAGGAAGAUCCCGAAAUAGCUGUGGAGCCCGCUCCGUGUGCCUCUGCAACCUCCUCUCCUGUGGUAUGUUUAGAUGCUGCACGGCGGGCAUCUUCGUCUUCACCUAAACGGAGGGAGACAUCGUCUUCUUUCUCCUCUCUGGAAAACACAGUGAAGGCGCCCAGCCGGUGUCCUUCCUCGGGAUCUAAAGAAAGACAGUCCUGGGUCGACCCGGUUAACAGCUCGCCUGCCGCGGUAAAUGUGGGGCACCCCCUGACCUUCGCCGUGCAGGUCCACACCCCCGCACCCUCAGAAGGAAUCAGCUGCCGGGCCCCAGAAAACAGCUCCGUCAUGGCGGAAAGCGGUUUUUUGAACUCUUUAUCUAGUGAUGACACUUCUUCAUUGAGUAAUAACCAAGACCAUCUGACAGUCCCCGAUAGAGCUGCUGGAUUAAGGGCAAUGGACAGAGAAGAAAUAAAAGCGUCUGAAGAUGAUGAGAUGGAGAAACUGUACAAAUCAUUGGAACAAGCUAGUCUGUCUCCUCUCGGGGACCGGCGACCUUCAACCAAGAAGGAGCUGAGGAAGUCAUUUGUGAAGCGAUGCAAAAACCCAUCCAUAAAUGAGAAGCUUCAUAAGAUCAGGACCUUGAAUAGCACAUUAAAGUGCAAAGAACACGACCUGGCCAUGAUCAACCAGCUGCUGGAUGACCCAAAGCUGACAGCCAGGAAGUACAGAGAGUGGAAGGUCAUGAACACCCUGCUGAUCCAGGACAUCUACCAGCAGCAGGCACCUCAGGACCCUGAAGACACCCCUCAGGAAAUCAAGGACCCCACCUCUUCUGACUGUGUGGAAAAUUCUCUUUGAGCAGAUGCCAGGAACCCCUCUCCCUCCAUGUUACUGUGCCACCUACAAGAUGCUGCCAGGGCAUCCAUUCUUCUUACAAGGAAACCCCUAACCCAGUUCCUGACACAUCAUCCCUCCCUCCCAAGGAUGAAACUGAGGUAAAGCCAGUUCUGAUGUAGUGGGAGUCCUGGCUCCCAGCUGUUGCAUUCACCAACAUGGAAGGAUGGCGUUCAUCCGAACAGGUGUAUCUUCUGUGCUUCUACCGGCAGCUGGCAGAGAUGCUAGGCUCCAGGUGGGAUGUGAAAGGGGCAGUCCCCUCCUUUGCUUUCAAGAGAAUUACAACCUGAUGUACACAGAAGGCCCAGCUUUACUAGGGAUGAUAAUUCAUCGACACGUUCUGUUUGCAAGAGAAGCCCCCUUGGUAAGCAGCAGAGUUCUGCAGAGACAUCUCAAGUGGAGACAGUUUUCUCCCAGUCGCUACUGGAACCAGACACAUGUUGGUAUUUGUGGCACACAAGGCUCUUUUAACCUUGGUACAGAGAGUCGUGCCUUUUCUACCUGUUGAGAGCUUAUUUGGAGAGUAUGGCCUGGUGGGGUGCUUUCUGUUCCCCACAAAGGACAGCUUCAUAUGUUCAUGCUUUGCCUAGCAUGGGGGAUGGGGUUAAUGUGUCUCUUCCUCAAUGUCUAGGAGAUAGACUAUCACAUGACAACUUCAGAUCUUUGUCCUCCACCCCCUGCUCCUCUCAACAGUGGUGGGAGAGUGAUACCCACUGCAAGGAAUGCUCAUCCCUGACUGUGGUACCCAGACCCAGUAUGAACCGAUGUCCGGUUUUUUCUGGGAUGAUCCAAAUUCACGAAGUCAUUUCGGAAUUGUUCUCAACUUGGAAAAGAACCCAGACCAACAAAACAACAACAAAAACCAGUUAAACAGGAUAAUUUUAUUUUUGUAUGUUUAAUGUGUCAUAUGGUGUGAAUAGACAUCUAUGUUUAUUAUUUAAAUAUAUUUAUAGAAAUGCAAAUUCUAGUGUUUGAAAAGAGUGUACUAUUAAGUGCUGUUCAGUGUAUAUAUAUAUAUAUAUUCUAGAAGCAUCUAAUUUUUGCUUGAGAAAAAAUAGGCAUAGUAGUGACUUACUGCAGUUGUGUUGCACUAUGAUAUGUGAGGAUGCUCAGGAAAUCUCGUGAGAAACUACGGGAGCAUGAAUUGAUAAUUACUAAUUUUCUGAAUGUUUCUUUCCAUUAUCGCUCCACCCUCAACUCCAGAGCUUUUAAAUUUCAAUGCCUGUUACACAUCAUUUUCUAAACUUGCACCUUAGGCUAGCUCUUCUACUCAUAAGUGUGAGCUUGAUGACAUUUGUGCCAUGAAUUGUAGACCCAAAGGUCUACAAUUUCUCUUAACCACUGACCCAUCUCUCCAGCCCCAGGAACACAUCUCAUGAACUCUUGGGCCAAAUGAAAUAUAAGCAAUAUAAUUCCCAACUAAAUGUUAAUAAAGAUUAAGGUUUGUUGUUAAAAGAGAUCUCAUAGAGAAACACUAUAUUAAUCAUAACGACAUCUUUUCAAUCAUAAAAACAACCAUAAUUCACUAAGAAGCCAUGGGAGUCUCACCUGCCCUUUGCAAACUCUUGACAUGUGUGUUCAUCAGCAUCAAAGGCGGCUUGACAAAUUCAAAUGGAAGCUGAUCUGUAUCUCUAAGGUAAAUAUAAAGAACUGUUUAAUACUUCCCUUUGUGUAUACACUGAAUUGAAAAGUAACCCUUGCCGUAAGACAGGAAAAGCAAGCCAGGUGGCGAAGAGGAACUAGAAGAUCGAGAGGCGGAGUCUCACAGUGAGCUGGGAGAGAGCACCCAGUUGGGAAGGCUCGGGAAAUCACUAUCUUCUUCCUGUGGCCAGCAGCUGUUAGGAGGGGCAGGCUUUGGGGUUCACAGUGAAAGGAAGUAUGGACGGAAGGUGGAUUAACAUAGAGCAAAUCUUAGCCUGGGGGAAAUUUUAACAAUUUCUUUUCAUUGUCCCCGCCCCAAGCCAACUAAAUUGAAGCUCCAGGUACUUUAUAUCAGGGCUAAUUGCUAUGUUUAAAUGUUUUACUUAAAAAACAAAACAAACAAACAAAAAAACUGUACUUAACUGACCUUUGAAUGUAAUCUCCUUUAGUGACAUUCAGAUCUAAAGGCAAAAUUGGCCCAUGGGAUUACUUGGCCAAGCUGUAUUCUUCCAGGUGACGUCAAGAAAGCCAGAGUAUACACUUCUGCGCUGGUAGCUAAGCAGCCUGCAGAGCGUUCCCAAGCCAGUCUCAGCUGCGUCCUGGCCUCCUGGACAGGAAUCAACUACUCCCUGCUUCCCAAUUUUGUAAAUCGGGAUUUUGUAACUCUGCUAGGUUUAGUUAGGAAGCAGGAGGUGCCUCUGUGGGUACCCAGCCUCAGCUGUGGCCAUAAGAGGAGGGCAAGGACAGAGGGACGUGGGCAGAAGGGCAGGUGACAUUUCCUGAGAUGCUCAGUGCAGGAGAAUCCAUGAUGAGCCCUCCCCUGGUCUCUUCUCUGGGAAACAUGGAAUGACCCCAGCUAAUUGCUGGGAAAUGCAUGCUAGAUAGUGGGAGCCCAGGGGAGACCCUUGAGCUCUGUGGAAUGUGCCAGAACCAUGGCUGCUCAGGACACCAAGGGUAAAUCUUGGAGUACAAAUCUUUCCAAACCUGUGGCCCUGCUUAAGGGUGAGGUUUCUCUGGGGACUCCCUGCCCCUCCUUGGGGCUUGGAGGAGGACUUCCAUCUUUCUCUGUCUAAAGACCCCGGUGAGUCGCUGGGGCAGACCCUCACAGUGGAGACCCUGCUAACACACAUGGAUCCACACUCUUCUAGCAUUGGGGGGAUGUCUGUUGUUCGUAAGAGUUCUUAGUUUUUGCCAAUAGCUUUAAUAUGAGACUAGAAUCAAAGUCCCAGAAAGAUCCUGGAGCAAUGAAUUGCUAGGAUUCCAACGGGCCAAGAAAGAGGUCGGGUCUGGAGUCACAUUUCAGUGUGAACCCUGCCUUAUAUGUACACAGCACUCUGUAGUUUACAAAUUGUGUGUCCCGGAACCCUUUUCCCAAAUCCUGCCUUGCCAUAGGCUGAUCAGGCGGGAUGGUCGUGAGCCAUGGCUAUAGUGAAAUGCCCGCCUCAAAACCCCAAGCAGCAGAGCUAGAAGCUAAGUUUGAACUUCAGGUGUCUGAACACAGCCUGCCCUGGGAGCAAAUGGUCUGCCUAGGCUCCGGUGCCCAUCACACUGGGCUCUGCACGCCUGGCUGUGAUGGCUUUUGCUGGAAUCCCAGUGGCCCUGCUGUGGGAAGUCUCUCCCUGAAGGUCCAGCCGCCUUGCCACUGGGUUUCUGAGAACUGGGGCUUGACCUGGUUGAUUCUUUUAUUCUCUUCAUAAAAGACACUAGUUGUUACCACUGUGAGGAUUUUAAAGCUAGAGGAAAGAAGUCUAUAAAGAGAUAAAAAGUGUUUAUUUUCUUAUUUUUCCUUUUGAGACGAGACUGGUCACAUCAGUUAUCAGAGACAUGGUGGUUAGGAGGGAGUCCUCUUGUUCUCAGUUCCUUCUCCUGUUAUUGUAAUGAUGCCUAUUUCCUCAGGGAGACUUCAGGCCACAUUGUCACGGAGAGGAAACAAAUAAAAAGAAAAAUAUUCUCCAGUCUUUUGAGGAGAGGUACUCUAUCAAUGGAAGCCAUAUUUAAUUUUACGGACACAGACUUCUUUGUAAGGAGGAAAGAUAAUAUUUUGAUACAGCAAUACGAAUCAUUUGGGGACAGAGGGUGAGCAUCCAAAAGUCACAUUCUAUUGAAGAGCUCUGUAUCCAAAUGCAGUUUUAGAAUGUAGUUCUUCUUCCGGCUUGCAGAAUAGGAUACAUGGAGGAGAUUUCCAAUGUAUUUCCCAUCAAGCACUUUUGUAUACUUACCCACAAGAGAGACUCAACGCUGCAUGUGGGAGGCGACUGCCUGCCUCAGGUUUUGUCACACAUAACCCCUCAAAUGAGAAUUUUUUUUUUUGAGUACGUGAAAAGGAUUCUGCCUUUAUAAAGAAAGUUUUCCAUAUUCCUUGCUGUAUAGGAACUUACUUGCUCUGUGUCGGUGUCUGUUUAGCUCUAGUCCGAAGGGAAGCAUGCCCCACGGAGACUUCAGCACCCUGAAAUGAAAACAGGGGUUAAGCUACCAUGUGUUCUGCUCUGUGUUCUGCUCUGUGCAUGGUGGGAACGGGGUUCAACAGCGCAUGUGUUGGGGCAAGAUGUUAAUGUGGGCUUGAUACCUUACCUGUCAUUGUGCUUUGCUCCUUGUCAUCUGUCCGUUUUGACUAAACUGAAAACACGAGGCAUGCCUUAUUUCUCCUGUUCCCUCUUCCCCAGGAUGACUUGUAAGAUAAAGAUAAAAGCAAACUGCCCAGUAAAAUGGUAUGAAAAAAAAAUCAAAAUA